CCAAGCUCGACGCCGACUAACUUGGAAAUGGCUCCCCGCGAACAAACUUUUAAAGGACGCGGCGCCAACUCAAAAUGGCGAUGAUGGAACCAAUUUAUUUCUUCACUAGUGAAGCAAUAUCUUCUUUGUUUUUGCCCAAUGAUGGACCAUUUAUUGUAUUCCAAACGAAGUACUAUUUCUUAUGUUCCAAACGAAGGACCAUUUCUUAUGUUGUGUGCGACGCUCAAUGUUAAUUUAUUAUCAUCCAUAGGUCGUUUCUUGAGUCCACUAAUUAUAAAAUAAAAACAUCGCACUUGUAAACAUAAGAAAGAAUUUAUUAUUUACACACCUUGUGUACAUUAUAUUAAUUUAUAAUUUGUAAUAUUUAGCCUUUAAGACUACUUAAUAAUAAUUAAUUUAAUAUUUGUGGCUAUAGCCCACACGCGUCUCAAAAUCAAGAAGUUCGAGAAGACCGCCAAAAACGGCAAAACUUUUUAAAUCAAUUUUUUGCUAUGCAAAGGAAUUUGUGUUCAUUCUGCUUUGAACACCUACGAUAUCUUUCUGACAAAAAUAUACCUAAUUAUCGUUUAAUUAUUUAGGUGAACGUUAUGUUUUUCUUUAAUUAAAUAGGUAGGUACCUAAUAGUAAGUUAAUAAGACCUUAGAGUAUUUUGUGCUCUAAAGUUAGGUGCAUCAGUCAAUCCUGAAGGCCGGCUUGAAAUUUCGUCUGGAUUAAAAGAAUGAUGAUCUAUAAUUAUUAUAGAUAAAAUUUUCUUGGUUACAUUUCUAAAUAGUUUUAAUACCUACAUCAGAGAAUUUAAUCAAGGAACAAAGAAAAAAUCAUAUUGACUUCAUAUUAUGUUUCUAGGUAAAAAUGAAGCUACUAGCAACCAUUAUCUUGUUGAUAUAUUUGCAUGGAGUAACCUCUGAGGAGUUAGCGUACUCCACCAAAUAUGAUGGAGUGGACCUCAACGAGGUCCUAUCGAAUGACCGUCUAACUACCGGCUACAUCAACUGCCUUCUCGACAACGGGCCCUGCAGUCCAGAAGCCAAGGAACUUAAGAAAAACCUUCCAGAUGCCAUACAAAAUGAUUGUAUGAAGUGUAGCAGUAGACAACGCGAGGGCGCAGACCAAGUGUUGGAUUUUAUAAUCGAUCACCGACCCGAAGAUUGGGAAAAACUCGAAAAAAUGUAAGAAAAAAUUUAAAAGCGAUAAAGUAAGACUAGAGUCCAUAAUGUUUUUCAUAUAAAAAAUGAUAUUACUAAAAUUGGUUAGGAAUAGCGUUAUUUACUAACGUUAGUUAGUAAUAAUUAUUUUCAAUUAUCAAAUCACGUGAGAAAGUUUUCACAUUAUCUUUAAAGACACUACUACAUUUUUUUUAUUGCAAUUAG